GUUCAUAGGUUGGGAAUGAAUUUGGAAAAAUGUGUAGUGUCGCGACCAUUCGAGAACGGAGAGUAUGGAAUAUGCCAGGUUAGUUUCGUAUACUGGACCGCACACAAUUCAUUCCUUUCAAUUGACUAUCGACAUAGUAAAAAUCUAACGACCUUGGACCAAUAUUUCUCUUCCACUCAAAAUACUACCAAUGAAGCAAUUACCGCUACAGCUGUCAGCACUGUAACACCCACAACAACUAGAACGAGUAUAGCCGGUAACGACGCCACACCAGAAUUACCGGUGGACAAAAUAAAAAACGUAUUCUAUAAUCGAGUGGGUAAGUGUGGAAGUAGAUCAUUGAUUAACUUGGUUCGAGUUUUGAAGAUUUUGAAUAAAUUCAAUGAAUCCCACUCAAAUGAUUAUGCCAAUGAUCAUCCGAAUAGUACGGAGGUGGAAACUGAAAUGAAGAAAAUUGCUCAUCUUAAACCGCCGUCAUUUUAUAACCGACAUAUUCAUUUUAUUGACUUUGAAAAACAUGGUAUUGAGCAGCCAAUUUAUAUUAAUAUGAUACGCGACCCAAUACAACGAUUCUCAUCUCAGUACAAUUACAUGAAAUACGGUGAUGCUAUUGGCAAAGUUUCGCAUCCGGAACAUGACUUACCAGAUAUAAACGAUUGUGUCAUGCAGAACAUUUCGCUAUGUAAUAAUACGAUGUUCAUGUUUUACACUGGUCUAUAUUUUUGUGGAUUCGAGGAUAUCUGCUUACAUGAAUCACGUGGUAGAGUUGAAUUAGCUAAAAAGCACAUUGAUGAAAAAUACUUAGCAAUUGGAUUAACAGAAGAAUUUGAGGAUACUUUGAAGCUAUUUGAAACAAUGCUUCCCAGCUAUUUCAGAAGCGCAUUCAAAAUAUGGGAACAAAAAAGCAAAUUAUGGCAGAAGAGAACAACAACCAAAAGGAGGGAGAUUUUGACUGAAGCUUCGAUUGACAAGUUAAAGAAUUCUCUCUUGUUAGAUGAAUAUGAAGUUUACAAUCACGGUCGGAAAAAAUUUGAACGACUCAAGAAGAAGUAUGGAAUUCAAUGAUUAGAAACAGUCUUGAACGAGUCGUGUUGCUAAACAUAGUCCAAGUACUAUUUCUGUAGCGAUUCGUGAUGUUUAAAUUAUCUAUAAUUGGCAUGGAAUUGGUGUUCAAUAACUUGAAUGUCAUCCGCUGGAUUCGCCUAUUGUGCUGCUUGAUUUUACUAGAUCAAGGCCAAUGAAAAGGCCGUAUUAACACUGUGCUGUUUAAUUUCCAAAUAAUAACUUCUUUUUGACUGAUAUAUAGACUGAUAGUUUACGCUCCGACCGAUAAAAUAAAGAAUUUGCACCCUAGGUCUGUCAGUUUUGUUUUCAGCCAACACGAAAGUUGGUUAGAUUAAAUAUAUAUAUAUAUUCACAUGUUUGAAUACGACUGAAAGUGUUGAAUUAUAUAUAUUUGUUAAAUUUGUUUUUGUGUGGUUUUGUGUUAGUUAAUUUGUUGAAAACUCUCCUU